AUGGUCAAGAGAUCAAAGAUGGAGAUUAUGCCACCAGGUUAUCGUUUCUACCCCACAGAAGAGGAGCUGAUUUCGUUCUAUCUUCACAAUAAACUCGAAGGUGAAAGAGAGGACAUGAAUCGCCUCAUCCCAAUCGUUGAUAUAUACGACUACAACCCCUCUCAACUCCCACAAAUUUCAGGAGAGGCGAGUCUGAGAGACACAGAACAAUGGUUCUUUUUCAUUCCGAGGCAAGAGAGUGAAGCUCGAGGAGGAAGACCAAAGCGUCUCACAACCACAGGGUACUGGAAAGCUACGGGGUCUCCAAAUCAUGUUUUUUCUUCGGAUGAUCGCAUCAUAGGCAUUAAAAGGACUAUGGUUUUCUACAGUGGAAGAGCUCCAAACGGAGCCAAAACCGAUUGGAAGAUGAAUGAGUAUACGGCCAUCAAAGGUGAAUCUUCCUCUUCCACUAAGGCAGUUCCCAUGUUAAGGAAGGAAUUCAGUCUAUGCAGAGUGUACAAAAAAUCCAAGUGUUUGCGUGCAUUUGAUAGAAGACCAGCACCAAGGAGGGACACAGUGAGGUAUUCAAGUGCUCAAAAUGGUGAAGAGCAACAAAGGGGUUCAGCUUCAAGAUCUUAUGAUUAUCAUCAUCAUCAUCAUCAAAUUGUGGGGAGAAGUGCAACAAGUUCACCAGAGAGUUCUUCCUCCGGAGACCUUGACCAUGACCAACCCCCCCUGCACGGUGAGGAAGCAACCCAAAUGGAUGGCGGCAACGACCCUUUUUUGGAUUGGGAGAACGUGGAUUUGUUCUUGGGAUCUGAACCAUGA